AUGGUUAGAGAGAAACCGCUGAUCAUAAAACCAAAAGAGAAGCAAGACGCGAUGAAAACAAAAGAAGACCUGAAUAAGAACGUUAAUCCGUCGGAUCUAAAAAUAAGCAAUGUGCAGGGUAGGAAAAGUGGUACAAGCGUUAUUCAAAGCGAAAACGAGUCUGAGCGCGAUAAAAAAAAUACCGCAAUUGCAAAUAAAAUAAGUGACCGCUAUGAAAUUAGAGUGCCGAAUACGGCUAAACCCAAGUUUAUAGUUUAUGGCAUUCGGACGCUACUGACACAGAUGAUCACUGAGCGGCAUUAUGACCUUGUAAUCAUAAGCGAACAGUAUAAGAAAAAAGAAAACGGGAUCUGGAUAGAAGACAGCAGUGGUACCGCUGCUAUAUGGGUACCUCCCGGAAGCAGCAUGCACAUCUCGGAAAAGGGAUAUGGACACGGCUACGUCUGGGCCAGACACAACCAUAUAAAAAUAAUAAGCUGCUACCUGACACCAAGCGACAGCAUACAAGACUUCCAAGAUAAACUCGACGACAUCGAAGAUACGGCCAUGAACUUGGAAGGACCCCUUCUGAUGGCAGGAGACCUAAACUCAAGAGCCACGGAGUGGGGAAUGCCAAACACGGACUCCAGAGGCAAACGCGUGCUAGAAAUGUCAGCCCGACUCGGACUUAUAGUGCUCAAUACUGGCACAGCAACAACCUUCCGAAGACCAGGAUGCGAGGAAACCACGCCAGACAUUACAUUAGCAUCAGAAGGCAUAGCAGGCACCAUAAAGGAAUGGAAAGUAUUGGAAGACUACACUGGUAGCGAUCACCAAUAUAUCUCCUUUAUAAUAGACUCCACAAACGAUGGUUUACGAACGAAGAUGCAAUGUAGCACUCGCAAAUGGAAUGUCUCGAAAUUAAAUAGGAAAGCACUACUAUCUGAACUAGAUGCGCAUGGCUCAGAAGAUUCAUCUUACAAGAACGCAAUGGAAACAGUAGAGAUUACAAUGAAAAUGAUCUCCAGCGCCUGUAACCAAGCGAUGCCAAAAACCGGAAGCAAUCGCCACAAAAGACCUGCAUAUUGGUGGACGGAAAACAUAGCUCAACUCAGACGAACGUGCCUCCACCUGAGGCGUACUUACACCAGGGCCAGGCGUAGGAGCGCUGCAAUCGAAGAGGCACAACUAUACCAGGCUGCCAGAAAAGAACUCAAACGAGCAAUCGAGGCCAGCAAGCACAGAAAGUGGGAAGAACUGCGUGAAGAUAUAAACAGAAAUCCCUGGGGUCUCGGAUAUAAGGUGGUAAUGAAAAAACUUGGGGCCAUGGCAAAACCACCAGAGCUUAGCGCUCAAAAAGUGGACCAUAUAGUAAGUGAACUCUUUCCCACGCAUGACGCGUUAACCAAAGAAGCUGAGCCUAUCAUCGUUCCUCAAGAAGCACCACUAUUCAACGCAGAAGAGCUCAAGGCUGCCACAAAUAUAAUAAAGGCCUAG